AUGGGUCCCAAUUUCCAAACGCUGGCUAUCUCAGCCCUCGUGGCUACGAGCUAUGCUUCUCCUUUGAUUCAUUCCCGGGCGACAAACGUCACCUAUACCAACUCCAACGGCCUGAAGUUCAACCACUUCAAUGCUUCCCUCCCGAACGUGACCGUCCUGGCUACAGGUGGCACCAUCGCUGGCACAAGCGACGACAAAACCGCAACAGCAGGCUACGAAUCCGGGGCACUGGGAAUCAACAAGAUCCUCUCGGGCAUCCCGGAAGUCUACGACAUCGCCAACGUUAACGCCGUCCAAUUCGACAAUGUCAACAGCGGCGACGUCUCCUCAUCUCUCCUCCUAAACCUCACACACACCCUACAAACAAGCGUCUGCAAUGACGCCACCAUGGCCGGCGCCGUCGUCACCCACGGCACCGACACCCUCGAGGAAUCUGCAUUUUUCAUCGACGCAAGUGUUAAUUGUGGCAAGCCCAUCGUCUUCGUUGGCUCGAUGCGUCCCUCGACUGCUAUCUCUGCUGAUGGACCCAUGAACCUCCUCCAGGGCGUGACCGUUGCCGCGAACAAGGAUGCCAAGGAGCGUGGUGCACUGGUUGUUAUGAACGAUCGUAUUGUUUCGGCGUUCUUCGCUACGAAGACUCAGGCGAAUACCAUGGACACGUUCAAGGCCUAUGAGCAAGGGAAUCUGGGAAUGAUCGUCUCCAACAAGCCGUAUUUCUACUAUCCGGCCGUUCAGGCGAAUGCCAAGCAUGUCGCUGAUGUGCAGGAUGUGGAUGCUAUCCCCCGCGUGGAUAUCCUGUAUGCUUAUGAGGAUAUGCACAGUGAUACGCUCCAGAGUGCCGUGAAGAACGGCGCGAAGGGUAUUGUGGUCGCUGGUGAGGGUGCAGGAGGCAUCUCCACUGACUUCGGGAACACCAUUUCCGACAUCGUGUCACGUACCAACAUCCCCGUCGUCCUGAGCCACCGAACCGUCAACGGCGAGGUUCCCACAGCUGAUAUCACGGGUGACGACAGCAAGAUUGCUAGUGGUAUGUUCAACCCGCAGCAGUCACGCGUCUUGCUGGGGUUGCUGCUGGCGGAAGGAAAGGAGAUGAAGGAGAUCCGGAAUGUCUUUGCGAAGGCCACCGUUGCUUAA